AUGCAAAAAUCUGCUCUUUUUGAUAAACUAUCCACACAAUUUGCUCAAUUAGCCUCAAAUACUUCUUUGAAUUCUGAUAAAGUCGAAGAAACUGAUGGUUUACCAAUGCUUUGUAUCGAAGCUCCGGUGCAUGGUUUAGAGAUUGUUGAUGCAUCUUUGGACUGGCUAUAUGCCUCUGCUGACAUAAAGGAUGUUUUAACUUCUUCGCUGGCAUCGAAGAUUAGGGCCUAUCAAGAUUUCUUUUCAUUGCUAAAUUUUACCACUUUAUUGGAUCUUUAUGAACCAUUUCGUGGUGCAGUUGAUCAAAUCUUGGUAUAUUACUAUUUUGGAUUGUCAGUGGAAGAAAGACGUGUUGGUAUCUUAUCUAAUGUUAUGUUUGUUGAGGGUGUAAUCCCCGGAAAAUUUGUAAAAAGACUAGCAGAAUCCGUUAAUGAAGAUGCAGCAAAAGAAAUUUUGAUCUCUUUCUUUAGAGGAAAACAAAUAAAAAAAUUAGAAGAUAUGAAUGAAGAUGAAGAGUGGGAAGAAUUAUCACUUGAUAAUGAUAAAGAUAAUGAAUCCCCAACCCAACGGGCAAAUAUUUUGGAUUGGAUAAAUUCAACGAUUACUCCAACUACUCCUUAUCAUAUGUCAUUUUCCGUUCCUAAUACGCCUUUAACUGCGUCUUUGGAUUACGCGGAACCACCAACUCCAUUAGGGUCAGCAUAUUUCCGUUCCCUACCAGAUACUCCAUUAUAUCCUAUUCCUCGUUCACAUUCUCAUACUCCAAAAAGUGUCAAAUUUAAACAGACAUCGUAUACACCGACAUCUAGUUCCGAUCGCAAUGUACAAAAUGGCCUUUUACAAAAAAAUUUAAAGUCCGUGAACGAGGCUGGAUUUAUUGAACAAAAAUUAACCGUGCCAAGAACACCCAACACUCCAAACACGCCAAGCAUGUCAAAUACAUCGAAUUCACCAAAAACACCAAACACACCAAAUACACCGAACACACCGAACAAUCUUCUUGCACCACCAAAUACACCGUCAUCUUUAAUGGUUCCACCAAAUACUCCUAGUUUUCCAAUCACACCAACUACGGUUUCAACUCUAAAUGGUCUUUUGUCUCCGCCCGUGCAAAAUAUGCUAACUACACAGAAAAUUCAUGAUAUAAUUGUGAGCCCUAUGUCAGCAAAUUCACCAAAAGUAAAAACACCUACAACACCAACAAUUGUUAUAAUGGACUCUGAUUUUCAGAUCGAAAAAUUUGCCAAAAAAGAUUAUUCAUAUAUUCGUCGUGAAUUAUUUGAAAAUGCAUUAAACAAGAUGCGUAGGCGACCUUUGUAUUUUAAAUAA